CACCCUGUACAUGCCAUUCAUAAUCAAACAAGUCUUUGUGUCUCACAAGUUCCAAAGAAAGAAAGAAAGAAAAGUAAGUCAUGCCGGAAGAUGAAGAAAUCAGAUCAUUAUCAGCUACAAACGGCCGAUUCAACAGCCAAGAAAACGAAGCGAACGCAAAAGGAUGGAAACACCGGCGAAAGAAAUACGUGAAAUGCUGCGGGUUUUGCACGGUGACCGUUUUAAUACUCGUCGCUGUUUUUCUAGCACUUCUGUUCACUCUUUUCUUAAGAGAUCCAGAGAUUAAGACGAACAAGCUGACAGUCGUGAAGCUGAAAUCCGAUCUGAAGUUCAAUGUUAGUCUGAUCGCAGAUGUGUCUAUGAAGAAUCCAAAUGCUGCGACAUUCAAAUACGGCAAUAGUACCACGGUCCUUUACUAUAAGGGGAAUCAAAUCGGAGAAAUUCCAAUUCCGCCGGGAAAAGCUAAGCCGAGACGCACGCAGCAAAUGGAUUUGCCGUUCGAGCUGGACACGGCGAAGCUAUACACCACACCUGGUAUACAAAGUGAUGCGGUCUCCGGGGUGUUGGACAUGACUACUAAGACGAGAGUCGUCGGCAAAAUGAAAAUCUUUGGGAUUACGAACAACAACAUUGUUGUGAAAAUGGAUUGUAAAAUGCGUUUUAAUUUGACGAGUUUAUCGAUUCUAGAUCAAAAAUGUAAAACUAAAUCAUCAAUCUAAUUGAAUUUUUAGCA